UAACCAACAAGUGAUAUCAGUUCCAGAAAAAGUUUAGAAAUGGCUCCACCUAAAUCAACCGAAAAGUCUGCCAAGAAGUCUGGCAAAGCCACCAAAAACAUCUCCAAGGGGGACAAAAAGAAGCGCCGAGUUCGUAGGAAGGAAAGCUACGCCAUCUACAUCUUCAAGGUGUUGAAGCAGGUACAUCCGGAUACCGGGAUCUCGUCGAAGGCCAUGGGUAUCAUGAACAGUUUCGUGAACGACAUCUUCGAGCGGAUUGCUGGCGAGGCCUCCCGGUUGGCGCAGUACAACAAACGAUCGACGAUUACGUCUCGGGAAAUCCAGACGGCCGUCCGGUUGUUACUUCCGGGAGAACUGGCCAAACAUGCCGUGUCCGAGGGUACCAAGGCCGUCACCAAGUACACCAGUUCGAAGUAGAUCAUACAUUUUUUUGUAAUAUGGCGCUUCUUUUUAAUA